AUGAGUACUGAGUCAGUACUCGUCAGUGCUAAUGACGAAUCGAUUAUUGCUCCCCGGGUGUACAAGUUGACGAAGCGGAAGAAGCUCAGUCCAACUUCAACAACAAUGCUUCUGGAGUAUGCCCUUGGCAUACUUGUGGAACGACCCUUGAUCCCAGCUGUCAGCUUUGACAUCAACAUGCGUGAUGCUGACGCAGUGCUCUCGUUUCGUUUCGACGUCUCCGGGGUUCUUCAGCUCACGUCUUUGCUCGAGUGCAUGAACUUACAAAAGCGGACGUACUCAGGCCACAAACGCAUGCACUGCCUCAACUUCCAAGGGUUGACGACCCCAGAUGGUUUGUGUAUUCACUUCUUCAGACCCUUGGAGGGUAGUCGACAUGAUGUGACGUUGCUUCGCGUCAGUCAGCUGCAAGAGUACUUUGAGGCCAAUUCGGACAUAUUUGAUGGCUACUACAUUUAUGGGGACCCUGCCUAUCCCAUUUCAAAAUGGAUUGUGUCUGGCUACAAGGGGAACAACUUGGACGCGCAAAAACAGAGUUUCAACACAGCCAUGAGCCGAGUCCGCCAAGGAGUCGAAUGA